ACAGACCUGUCAAAUUCAGGAGGCUGAUUGGAGCUUGGGAGACCGCUGAUGUUAGCACCGAACCGGAUGACAGCAAGAUACGUGUUGUAGGCCCUCUGCUCAAUGAAGCGAGACGUUUAAUGGAAAUAUGUGUGAUGUGCGUAUGUGAGCUUGGUCCUGGGCAGUAGCGGUACCGUACAGGAGGAUGAAUGCAGAGGAGGUGGAGCUUCUCAGCGACUCCAAGUACAGGAACUAUGUGGCGGCAGUGGACAAGGCCCUGAAGAACUUUGAGUACUCCAGCGAAUGGGCGGACCUGAUCUCUGCACUUGGCAAGCUCAACAAGGUUUUGCAGAACAAUGCCAAGUACCAGGUGGUGCCCAAGAAGCUGACGAUAGGCAAGCGCCUGGCCCAAUGCCUGCAUCCUGCCCUGCCCAGCGGGGUCCACCGCAAGGCCCUGGAGACCUACGAGGUCAUCUUCAAGAUCAUCGGACCAAAACGGCUGGCCAAGGACCUCUUCCUCUACAGCUCUGGCCUCUUCCCCUUGCUGUCCAAUGCUGCUAUGUCUGUGAAGCCAGUGCUGCUGGGCCUGUAUGAGACGUAUUACCUGCCUCUGGGAAAGACCCUGAAGCCCGGCCUACAGGGCCUACUGACCGGAGUACUGCCUGGUCUGGAAGAGGGAUCAGAGUACUAUGACAGGACCAACACGCUGCUGGAGAAGGUGGCGUCGGCAGUGGAGCAGGCCGCCUUCUACAGCGCCCUGUGGGGAAGCAUCCUGACCAGCCCGGCCGUCCGUCUGCCCGGGGUCUCCUUCGUCCUGCUGCACCUCAACCGCAAGCUCUCCAUGGAGGACCAGCUCUACAUCAUGGGCAGUGACAUCGAGCUCAUGGUGGAGGCAGUGAGCAUGUCUGUGCAGGACUCCAGUGUGCUGGUGCAGAGGAGUACCCUUGACCUCAUCCUCUUCUGCUUCCCUUUCCACAUGAGCCAGGCGACCCGAACAGACAUGAUCCGGAUUCUGUCAGCAGCACUGCAUGUGGUUCUGAGGAGAGACAUGUCGCUCAACCGGAGGCUCUAUGCCUGGCUGCUUGGCUUUGAUAACAACGGUGUGAAAAUAGGCCCUCGCAGCACACGACACAGUAACCCAGAGGACCAUGCGACCCACUAUUUUAACACCUACUCCAAGGACAUGCUGGUCCAGGCCAUGGUGGGGAUCCUUCAAGGAAAAGCGCGAGGAGGGGAGGAGGAGAGUGUGUUGAUGCACGACCUUAAGCCAUUCCGCAUCCUCAUCAGCCUGCUGGACAAGCCAGAGCUUGGUCCGGCCAUCCUUGAGGAUGUGCUAAUUGAGGUGUUCCGGACUCUGCACACUCAGUGUAGAGCUGAGCUGGAUCUUCAGACUCAGAGUACCUUCAGCAAGGACCACACACAGCUCAGCAGUAAACUACGAGAGAACAAGAAGACGGCUGAACUCAUCAAAACGGCUAACCUGCUGUUCAACUCUUUUGAGCCAUAUUACAUGUGGGACUACAUCGCUCGCUGGUUUGAAGACUGCUGCAGGAAACCCCAAACUAGUCAUCAGGAUGCCCCAGUGCAUGCUGGGGCAUUUGAGCCUACGGCCCUGUCUCUGCUGGAGUUCUGUCAGCUGGUAGACUUCCUGUUGGAUAUAGUGUCCCUGAAGUAG